AUGGCUAUGAAAACAGCUUCAACCUACAACCUAUAUGUGGACAUAUGGUCAUCUCCUUAUAUGGAAGGUGUGGAAACUCACUGUGAUGGCAGACAGAAUGGAACUCAGUGUUAUGGAGCUUUGGGAGGAACUGUGGACAUCCAGCUGAUUAACAGCACCUCAGGAAUAUUAAGAUUACAGUUGAUGAAAAAUACAUUUUCAUUACUCACUGUGAGAAAUAAUAUUAUUACACUCAAUAAGACACAAGAGAAAUCUGUCUUUAUUUCCAGUAAUGGAACAUUUAGGAUCAGUAACCUGAACUGGACAGACAGUGGGAAUUAUAACCUCCAAACCUUUGAUGCAACUGGAACAGCAACAGGCGAGCGGAUUUUAUAUUUGUUCAUUCAAGCUCCUGUGUCCUCUGUCCUGUUGGUCUCUGAGUGUCUGUCCCAGGGAGAGAUGAGGGUGUCCUGCUUCUCUGAGGGAGGGGACAGUCCUCAGUACAGCUGGACUCUGGAUGGACUCACACUGACAGAUGCUGAGCUCCAUUCUAGAAACAAUAACAUCAUCACUCUGAAACAGCACGUCUCAGGACAUCUGGUCUGCUCAGUCAGGAACAACGUCAAUAAAGUCUCCAAAGAAGAGAGGAUAUCUACCUGUGGUAACUCCUUGCUCAUAUGUGGUUUGAGAGCAGUUGUGGCGUACUGCCUACAUGGAGUGGCCCAGCCCUCUUUACCCCUGCGUAACUUGCUCUCCAUGAGGAUGCUCCCCCUUGUGGCACAGCAGGAGAAUAGCUGCUCGCGUCGUACCAUGUCUGACGCUGGAACACAGUUUGUAUACAACUAA